CGUCACGGACAAGAACUGGACACGAGCGAAGAGACAACGAUGGAGACACGAGCAGCUUUGACUAAAGGAACAGUUUAACCACACUGUGAAGCAAAUAUAGAGAGCAAUCUUUUUUCUUUUGAAGCAGUACAAAGACGGAAAUGGAGCAAUCACCGAGCGCAACGAGUCCUCCUCCCAAACCGGCCCAGCACGAGCCCAUCAGUUUCGGUAUAGAUCAGAUCCUGGGAGCAGGGACAGAACCAGAGAGCGCACGCACAGCCGGACGACAGAGCGGUUCGGACUCAAGUAGCGGAGAUGGGUAUUAUAGUUUGGGGAGUCCAACAGGAGCCAGUGCGCCCUCUUACACUGCUCUCUCCAUCUCCCUAUCUGGCAUUAUGCCCCCAGUGGACGCCGCCGGCUCGUACGGAGAAAGUAGGAGUUUAGGGAGCAGAGGGGUUAUUCGGGUUCCGGCACAUAGACCCGUAACGGCUACUGGACCUCCAACCCCCGUGCAGAGCGCAGUUCCCGGGUUCGGAGGGCUCUGUUUCCCAUGGAUUGGGAACAGGUUUGCAAAGGACAGGAUAUCAGCUGCCCUGGUGCCGUUUGCCGUCACGAGGCGAAUAGGACAUCCAUACCAGAACCGAACACCUCCAAAAAGGAAAAAACCACGCACAUCUUUUUCACGUGUACAGAUCUGCGAGCUGGAGAAGCGCUUCCACCGUCAAAAGUAUCUGGCUAGUGCCGAGCGGGCCGCUCUGGCCAAGAGCCUCAAGAUGACUGACGCACAAGUUAAGACCUGGUUUCAGAACCGCAGGACCAAGUGGAGGAGACAGACAGCCGAAGAGCGCGAGGCGGAGCGUCAACAAGCCAAUCGUCUCAUUCUCCAGCUGCAGCAGUCCGCCCUCCAGAAGUCCCUCGGCGAAUCAGCGGUGUCCGAUCCACUGUGCGCCCACAACUCCUCAUUGUACGCGCUGCAGAACCUUCAGCCGUGGGCCGAGGAGAGGGAGUAGACCCUCAAGCAAAUGCACUGAGUCCCAAACUCAUUUUAUUACUUAUGUUGUGGAAGAUUAUGCACUCUUACGCACAGUUACGAGGAUUGCGUCUUCCCGACUUUGAAUGUGGACCUUAAAAUGCGCCCUAAUCCUAAGGAAAGCGUUUAAUCUUGGACAAAAUCCUUUAUCUGGAGCCUGUCACACUUCUCAUAUGUGCCACCUUGUCGUUGUUAUCAGUGUAUAUCUUGUGAAGAAAAUGAAGACUCUUCUGCCUCUAUGGACCCUUAGAAGGAUCGAGAAGCAAUAUCCCACACAUAUUUCUUUUCAUGUCAGUAGUUUACUCUUGGGCAGAUUAGUUUUGUAGGGUUGUUUUGGGAAAAUGGAAGCCCCGAUAAUAACGAGACAAAAUGUUACGUUCAAAAAUGUGUUUUUAAUGAUUUCCACACUUUAUUUUAUUACCAACAAAUGUCUCUGUGCAAUUGCAGAUGAGAAGUACUUCUGAUAAAUGGUCUGCCACUUAGACCCUUUCAGAUUGCAUUUCUGACUCCCUUUGUCCUAUAGCACUGUCGCAAUCAAACUGCUCCCCACUGUGAACUCCAGUUAAAUGAUAAAAAGUCUAGAAAAAUAAUGAAAACGAA